AUGAAGUUGGACGACGCGUUGUGGGCUUAUCGCACAGCAUUCAAGACGCCUUUAGGCAGAUCUCCAUACAAAUUAGUUUUUGGGAAACUUUGCCAUCUCCCAUUGGAGCUGGAGCAUAAGGCCUUUUGGGCUGUGAAAAUGUUAAAUUUGGAUGAUGUUGCAGAAGGAGAUGUUCGCUGCUUACAAUUGCUAAGCAAAGAAGCUUACGAAAAUGCCAAGUUAUAUAAGGAAAAGACAAAGCGAUGGCACGAUGCAAGAAUCAAUCCUAGGAAGUUUGAAAAGGACAGCAAGUGUUGCUUUUCAAUUCAAGACUCAAACUUUUUCCAGGAAAGCUCAAAUCGAGAUGUGAAGGUACAAGAAAUGGAUUCAGGAAGAGAAUCUACCGUGAACAGGCAGAGGUUAAAGCAUUUCUUUGGUGAGAGCGUAGUGAGAAAUGCUGGAGCUCAUCACUUGGCCACGGACUGA